AAAUCUAAAUAAAAAUAAUGUUCACAAAUCUUUCAUUCAAAGAGCGACAGAAUAUAUYAAAAGAAUUUCCAGAAUUAUCGCCUAAUUUAAUAAAGCGAUACGAAAAGACGUUUACUAGAUAUGACACGGACAACGAUGGAUAUUUGGACGUUGAAGACCUCAAAGGAAUGAUGAUGGUGCGUGGUGUUCCGUGGACUCAUUCAGCGAUUGUACGGCUUAUCAGAGACGCGGAUGAAGAUGGUGAUGGAAAACUCAGUUUUCGUGAGUUUCUGAUAACUCAACGCAAAAAUGUGGAAUGGGCCCGCCGAGUGUUAUGUGCCCUGCCUGAGAUUGACGUUGGACGUGUUGGCGUCAAAGGGGCCAAAAAAUACUUUGAAGCCAAACAGCUGUUACCUCCAAAAACAAAUCACAAGAAUAACAUGUCAUAUUAAAAGAAAAAAAUUACUAUUGCACAACAUAUCUGCUUCGUAAAUACAUAGUAACUCGAGGUGAUUGUCUCCCUUCUUACUCAUAAACUUUUUUUUGAUAACCUGUAUAUUUUAAAACAAUAUCAUCUUGUAUAAAUGUUAGGGUUCAAAAUUAAUACGAUAAACUCUCAAACAUAACACACGUGGCCAGUAUAACAGCAUCGUUGUACCUAUUUAUAGGUAUUGAUUAGGUAUGGUGAUGUUGGAAAUUGGGUGACAAACACCACGAAAUACACUCAAUUUUUGUCAAAAAUUUGUGUAACAUAUUUUAUAACUCGUUUUAAAUGAGAUUUAAAAA